ACUUAUCAAAUAAGCUUUACAUGGAGCAAAUCAGGAAAUGGCAACAGCAAAACAUUCCUGACUAACUCUGAAUUUUGGCCGAUUAGGGGCUCCAUUUUCAAAUUGAAGGCAAUUGUCGUCGUGGGAGUACUCAUAGUAUAUCAGCAAAAUAAUGGAAACCAAUGAAGUUGAACCGCAAAACGAUAAAGUGGCAGUGGAAACUAAGCAAGUCACACCAGGCAAACGGGCCUCCUCUUCCUCCAGUGAUGUCAUAACUCCACCAGUGCGAUCCUCCGCCAUAGGCUUUGAAGAUUCAACAACGCGUGGCUCGUAUCGCACAGCUGUUAGUAAAAACUCAGUCAUGAACAAACCAAAGAAGAAAAAGGCCAGUGGAGAGAUGGACACAAAGACAGAAGAACCUUCUGCUAUUGUGACAGGUGAUGGCGUGGAUGGGGUCACCAAGGACACUGCAGAUGGAAGAGGUCAAGGUCUAGGUGAAGGUUAUCGUGAACUGGACAAGAUAGACAGCUGUUUUGUGCAAGGGGAUUCAAUCAGCCAAUUUUCCCUCUAUAUGAAAAAAGACUUCCGCUACUACUUUCAGCACCCCUAUGCACGCCUCUUUGUGGCAUAUUUUGUUGUUUUUUGUAACUUUCUGAUUUACGCAGAAGAUCCUGUGGCACAUAGUUACAAGGAGGCCACAAUUCCAGCUAUUGGGAAUGCCUUUGCAUUGGUGUGUUCCUAUUACCCUGACAAUGCAUGGUCUGUCCUCAAGGUUUUUUGUUGGAUGUUAGGAAUCACUAUUGGCAUUUUCUUUGGGAAGUUUGUUAUACAUAAGUUGCUGUUGAACCGUGUUCUGAAACUGGAAAUGUUCUCAGACGACCAAGGGUCCUGGAUGAUCAUGUUUCUGUGUUGUAUUCUUUGGACCUUUGUCUUCUCGUACGUGUACAACCUGUUCCUGCUGAUAGGUGGCACCAGCACACAGUCUUACGCUCUCUCAGGACUCAUGGGGAUAAAUAACGCCAUCUUUAUGAAGGCUGCAGCGUGUGGGACGUGGUGUGGAGACUUCUUCACUGCUUGGAUGGUAACAGACAUUAUGCUCCAAGAAAAACUCUACCCUGGUUGGGCCACCCCUGUACGCGGAUGGUGGAACAGAAAAAUCAAUCGAAUCAUCCUCUUCUGGGUCUGCGUCAUCACUCUGAGUAUAGUUGUUGUCAUGGUGAUUGCAACAGAUUGGAUUAACUGGGACACCCUGAAUCGAGACUUCUUGCCGACCAAUGAGGUGUCAAGGUCGUUCUUAGCGUCAUUUAUUCUCGUUAUGGAUCUGCUGAUUGUUAUGCAGGAUUGGGAUUUUCCCCACUUUAUCAACAACUUUGACAUCAAGCUCCCAGGCCUCAACACUGCUCACAUCAAGUUUGAGAUACCGAAAUGUCUGAAUGAACUUAAAGAGAGUUGGACUGUCCACAUAACAGGGAAAUGGUUCAACUAUGGUAUUCUCUUCAUUGUCAUGUUACUAGAUCUGAACAUGUGGAAGAACCAAAUAUUUUACCUUCCUGCUGACUAUGGUCAGUACACUGACCCCUCUGGUCAUGUUUACACCGUCCGCAACCUUGAUCAGCUGGCCAAUUUUAACGCCACUCAACUGACCUAUGAAUGGAGGUCUAACAACACUGACCUGUCCACCAAUCAGACGUACCUCGCCGGUGACUCGUUCAUGAAUUCUCGAUACUAUGGUUAUCACCUGGGUAUUAAGGCAAUCGCUUUUGUACCGAGCUUAUCAAUGUUUAUUACAUUUGGUCUGCUUGUGUAUUGUUUUGGUAGGACAAGACCAAAUAAAAUUGAUGUGUAUGGUGGAAGGUUGAGAAAGAGGAAGAAGGCAAACCGCCUUCAAGAAGAGAAAGACACAGACUUAGUCAAUGUUGUGUCGGAUGAAAUUGAUGGUAAGCCUGUUGUUGUGUCCACUAUAAAUGACAGCGGUGCUCCUGUGAGCGUUAGUGGAGUUAAGUGCAAUGAAUUGAAAGACAUGACCUUGACCUCUGAUGCAGGUGAAGGUCAUGAUAACCCUAACUUUGCAGAUGUUGAAGUGCAGCACACUGCGGGUAAAAACUCAAAGGAGGGCAGCGCUGUAGCUGUGACCUUGAAGGGUGAAGGUCAGGAUAAUGGUGGGUUUUCUGGGACAGAAGAAAACAAUGAAGGAGUAAUAGUUGACAAACUUGAAAUGGAUAAUGCACCAAGUGUUGUUUUUGAUGGAGAAAAUUAUGUGAUAGCAGGUAAACCAUCUGGCUCAGUUAAUUCUGCUGAGGAAAAUGGAAAUUCCAAACCAGAUUAUGAUAAUGUGAACAUUCAACACUGAAAAACAUGGAAAUAAAGAGCAAGACAAAGAUAUCACUUCAUUAUAGGUACUAUCAUAUUGACUAAACAAUACUUACAUUUCUGUGGGUAAAACUAUACGUCCAUUAUAUUACAAUUAUUUUAUUAUAAAUAUUUAUUUAAAACAGUAACCCUUUGAACAGUUACUAGAUGCAGCAGUGUCUAUUCAGGACAAUUUGAGAUCAAUUUUAACAUAAAGGAACAUUGAGAACAAACUCCUGGAAGGAAUACAUUUUGAUUGAGGUACUUUCCCAUCACAUCUGGUAACUAUAUAUGGUGUGGAGCUGUGAUGGCAGAGACAAGACAAAUGAUCUCUGUGUGCAGUUUUGGCAGCAAAAGUGUUUCAUAUCAGGAGUUGGUCUUAAAAUUUUUAGAUUUUACAAAUAUUGUUAAUAUGUUGCAGUAUAGAUUCUUAUUGCAAGCUUUAUUGUUAUAAUAAGUUAUUUUCUAUAUUAGUGGUUUAAAAUCUUUGUAAAUUUUAAACAAAGAUAUGUUAAGAGUAAUUUUGAACUUGAAGUUUUGUAUAAAUAGAAAUUUAAUUGAAUAUUUCAAGAGUUAAAUGACAUAUUUUGAUAAAUAAAACAUUUAGAUUGAGCUUAUUACUCUAUAUUACCCCCAGUAGGGUAUAAACCAUCUACAAGAUCCCUCCAUAUGUCCUUGUCCUGAGCUCUUGACUCCACCUGUCUCCAGUUGUAGCUUAAUAAUCAGUCUCUUUGUACAUGUACUGGCUGGUGCUUGUUGAUGUACUAGUACCCUUCUUUUACCCUCUGUGAUCCCCUGUGCAGGUCUUGUGUUGUCAUUACUUGAUUUUUGACUAAAAGCAUCCAUUUUCAGUGUCUUUCCUUGGCUCCUUGUUCUAGUAUAUGCACUUCAUCACUAGCCGCUUCCUUGAAUCUUUUUACAAUGACUGGCCAGAGUCUGAUAUCUUCUUCACAGGCUCGAGUAAUAUAGGUUUAUAUGAACUUACUUACUGUUUAAGUUGCUGCUGUUUUCUGUAUGUGCUUCAUGGAAUAAGAUUGGCUGGACAUUUGUACUAGAUUUUUUCCUUGGUCUUCUGGCUAGGUUCUGUAUUAGAUAACCAUGUGUAAUUUAGCUGAACACCCGCCCUGUGUCUUACUAAUCAAGGCCCGAUAUCCUGGGCUUCCAUUCUGCCUUUACUCAGUGCUAACCUCUCUGCUGCUGUCAGUUGCCAAACCUAUCAGUAGUUUGUAUACAUACAUAUACUGGUUGAUUAUAUAUUCUCUGUGUUAGUCCAUGUAGUUGACAUUUUCAUCUUCUGUUGAUGUAAAGGUUGCUCUGAGCAGAUAAUGAUCACACUUGAUCAGUCUUUUCCUGCAUCAACUGUUUUGUAAGAUUUGUUUAGGCAAAGCUGUAAGAGUAAUAAAUUAUUAACCAGCUCACAAAGACUGUUCAUUCUUGCAAUAGAGAUAUUUUGAGGAAGGGCCUUAAUAUUAUGCCUUGAAGGUAGACAUGUUUUAUCUCUUUAGAAAUGAUUAACAUUUUUAUUGUUGUACCUCAAGACACGGUUAAAAAUAUUAUUUUAGCAUGUUUACAGUAGUUUUGAAGUUGUAACUUGUACAAAGAUGUUUACUUCUCUUCUUACUAUAAAUUAGACAUUAAUGAAAUAUGCAAUUUUUGAGAAUAUUUUUAAAAGCUUAUUCUAAUCAGAACUGUCACUCAGCAUUUAUCUAGCCAUAUUUAUUUCUGUAACAGUGGUUUCUGUGUAGAAUGAGAUUAAUGAUAAAAUUAACGUAAUAUUUCUUUGACAAUGUUAGGUGCGCUUUAAUCAUUUGUAUCUUAUCUGUUGUGCAUGGUUAUGUUCUUGUUAGCUUGUUAUACAUUUGAUUGUAAUGGUACUGUUAAUCUGUGAUUUUUUUAUAUUUGAUUAUGUUAACUGUUUACCUCAUUUUAAACAGUGGCAAUGGGAUAUACUACCAUGCAUAAGAACACUAAGAAUGUUAUCUGGUACCCACCAAAUGGUGUCUGGUUUCAAGUAUUGUGAUUUUAAUUUCAACACUUUGUGAUAUAGCAUCUUGCCAGAAUGAGAAAGCUUUAAUUGUAAAAUAACUGUGUAUAAUUUAAGCAUUAUCUAAGCCAUAUGAGAUGUUAAUUUUCAGUAUGUAAUUUUUUUUCCACACAAUUACUUGGUCAAUUUGUCAAAUGUUAUUUCAUUGAUAUAAAGACAAUCUUUAACUUUGGG